UACAGAGACCUCUUAAUGCUUUUAAUCGACCUCGUGGACGAUUCCAAAGACAACCCCAGAGGUCUCAACGUCAAAGCACCAUGAAUCCACCCAUUUUAAAUAUUGGAAGACGACGUCAGAGAAAUCGACCCCUAAGUAAUAUAAAUCCAUCUAUUAAUAUUUUUACUGCAAUUCAGCAAUACACCGAUUUGGCUGAAGGUUCGAAUCCAUUUAUUGAUUUGCAAAAUGCCAGAAUUCCGUCACAAAAUGCUCAAUAUCAAGACGUAUUAUUUUUGG